AGGGAAGAAUCCGCAUUUCAAGGAAUACAGCCAGCCUGAAAUAAUGUUGGGAAGCAAUUGUGUGAAGCAGAUGUUGAAGAAAGUCAAUAUAUGCUUCACGGACCGGACCGCGUGUGUUUGGAGUCACCCGGCUCAAAUAUCUGCGUCCUCAUCUCCAGUCACAGGACAUCGGUAGCCGACUUGCCCGGCUUGCUAGCCCGCAGUCCUUCCCACAAUCUCUGCUCCAGAAUCACGGAUCUCAUCUGGGUUUUUUUUAAAUAGCGUUACGAAAGCUAGUCAGGAUCAAACGGAUCUGACCCGAGAAUUUGGCGCCAGUUUGCUUUCAUUAAACUAAAGGUAUGACCUGCUAGUCCUCUAUUGCAAAAUCUGACCGCUAGGAUCAAGCUAGCAUCAUCUGGAGUUGGAUGGACGCGCGGCUCGCACAGCAUCCCUGCCGCCUGGGACGCGUUCAAACCCGUCCUGCUGCUGCAGCACCACAAUGCUAACUAACAAGGAAGUGGCUUUAACAUGACGAGGAACAUUUUGCCUCUUUGGAACAUAGGUGCUGCACAGACAUGUUUUAGAUGCCAGGUGUAAUGAACGUCCCGAGCUCGCACCAUGUACGUGGCUGGCCGUGUCUGUCUCCAGCCUUGCGGAUGACACUCACACCGGUACCGGCGGUUCACAGCGAGCAGCGACGGCGCUGAUAACCGGGUAGUGCUGAGAGACUAGCGCCAAAGCUAGGAGGCUAAUAGCACAAUAUAGAAACCCUCAACAACACCAAUGGUAUCCCAUAAGGUUUUAGUUGCAAUAAUCUUAUUAAAUGUGUAUAUAGGUGUACAGUCUGUUUUUUACUUUUUUGGCGGCGUCCUUUUAACGGUCUUGUUUGCUAUGGCAUAUUUAAAUGGACCCAGGCUGCUGGACUGGGCGAGUUCACCCCCUCAUCUUCAGUUUAACAAAUACGUCCUAACAGGAUACCGGCCAAGCUCCUCUGUGCAAGACUGCAUAAGAAGCUUGUUUUACCUGCACAAUGAACUUGGAAACAUAUACACUCACGGCAUUCCUUUGGUUUGCUUCCUGGUGCUGCUGCCGCUCAACAUCCCCUGGUCUCAGAUCAGCGUCACCUGGUUGGGUGUGGUGCACUUCCUGGCUUGCCUGUCACCCCAGCUGGGCUCCGUGCUCUACCAUCUCUUCAUGAAUCACGAGGGAGGCGAGCCCGUCUACCACACCCUCCUCAAACUCGACGUGUGUGGAAUCUGCAUGAUCAACACGUUGGGGGCACUGCCCAUUGUCUACAGCACGCUGCUGUGCUACCCGUUCAUCCGCACUGUGGCCCUGUUAGUCUACAUCCUGCUGUCGAGCCACGCCAUCUACUGCGCCGUCACAGCUCGUAGCAGCGUUCGCCGGCUGCGCUCCUUCGCCUGGCAGGCGCUGUUCCGCUUCUCCUUCUUCCUGCUGCGCUGGGUGGGCAUGGGUGGCGGCAGCCCCACCUCGCUACGGCACUUCCUCAUGAUGGAUGUGCUGGCCGUGCUGGGCGGGGUCAUCAACAUCACACGCAUCCCAGAGCGCUUCCGCCCGGGCCUCUUUGACUACUGGUGCAACAGCCACCAGAUCAUGCAUGUACUGGUGGUAGGCUCCAUCCUUUACCUGCACUGGGGAGUGCUGGACGACCUGCUGUGGAUCAACAGCUACAACUGUCCCUCAGACUGAACCCCCCCUACUGCCCCCACCCCCUCACACGGAGCACUGGGAUGUAAGGUUCAAGGACCGCUGAGGGGAGGGGGGUGUUUGCUGAGGGAAGGGGAAGAAUGGGAAAUCUGGGGGAACUGAUGCAGCGAGGUGAGACAAUAUGUUGUACGUGCAUGUGUUCACCUCAUGCGCUCAAACUCAGAAUGUUCAUAUCUACGUUCAUCUCAGUACUUUGUGCGAAUGCAGGCAAAAGUAUGUAAAGUAACAUGCACAAGCAUUUUGACUCUGUCACUUUCCGUAAACAUGGACACACAAGUGUAUACGGACACACACACACACACACACACACACACACACACACACAGCAAAAUGGAACUAUUUUAACACUAAACCUAAUGAUGAUGAGUAUUGAACACUGUAUAGAGUCUUAAGUAAAGGCGCUAGUAAAGGGUUAAUGCUGAGUUUGAAGCCCGUGGCUCGAAGAUAUCACAUGCUCAAGUCCUCUCAGAUGUCACUGUUGCUACCUAUGCAGCACAUCCAUAUCUCAUGCACAUUACACACACACACACACACACAACACACACACUCAGACACCCUCACACCUAUAUUUUUAUACUACAUGUACAUACUAUAAGUGCUGCACAAAGCACUCAUAGAGUUUCACUACGUCCAACUGACCGAGUUUUACUGGACUGAUUGUUCUGUCCGUGUUUCCUUGUUUUCUGCUACUGCCUCUUUCAUCAUGUGUCGGUCUGAUUUGUCCUUACUGUCACAAGAUGACGAGGAAAUUAAAAUGGGUUAGGGGUUCAUUCCUGAUUGUGCUAGCAUGUUGGCAAUGAGUUUACUUGCUUUAGGUGGCUUGGACCACACAUUACAAUAAUUUGUGCAGCGUUAUCUGUUUCGUUUUUCACUUGAACUCAGUGCCACUUGAAAUUCUGGCAUUUUUUUUUUUAUCAGAAAUGAAAGUGCACAGGUUUACAAACUGUGUUGUUCAGUUGCUUUACUGUUCGGCAAACCUUUGCUCAUGGGAAUAAGCAAAGUCAAAGUUAUUUAUUAUUGUACAUUUGUGAUAAACUCCAAUUGUAAGGAAGAUUGUCACCACUAUUUCCUUUUAUGGAAGAUGUUUUAUAACUUUUAAGUUAUGCACUGAGUGCUGAGUUUAAAUCUGUUUUGCACAUUUGUUCUGUAGAAAAGCCUUCGACUGCGCGUUAUUUUAAAUGACAGAACAGACGAGCACAGGCACACUGAUGAUAAGUUUUACACUGAAAUGCUAACGUACAUUAGAUCCUGAUGUACGUGCAAGAUGCACUGAAAGUUAAGGGUUGCCACUUAACGAUUGCCAACGUUUAAGGUUGAUUGUAAUUGUAAGUUCCUAAACAAUUAAAUAUCUUUACACUGUAAAUGACCUUCCUAUUGGAUCAAUAUGCACAAAAUGCUGUAAUAUUUACUUUUUAUAUUUAUUACACUUUUUAUUCACUUGUAUUUAUUUGCUGAUACAAGUAACAUUGUGUGUCUGCCAGCGGCUUCAACAGUGUACCUUGUUGCUGUGCAGGAUCAAGUUUUAUUUAAAGCUCCUCAUAUAUUCUCCCCACAACACAAACAGAUUGGUCUCUAUGCAUGUCCAUUAACAAUAACAAUCACAAUAAUCAGCAAGAAGAAAAACAUUGUUUCAAUCUGUGACUUUUAAAACGUGUGCAGCCCUCCUCUGACGAUGUCAAUCUUUCUGGACUUGAAUGAAAAAGGUUUUAAUGUAUUUGGAUGUUUACUUUGAUGGUUUAUAAGGGUUAGUUGUUGUUGCCACAGAAUGGUGCACUUUAUUGUCAUUAUUAAUGCUUUCUUAUUUAAAUGCGCCGCUUUUGCUCUGCAGCUGGAUUUGUAUUCUGUGAGCAGCACCUUUUUAAACCUGACUAGAGGUUAGACACUCUUGUGUCUUUUUUAAAGUGGAAUACUAUUUUAUUAAGCUGGCCUAACCAAACAGGAAUGAACCCUUUCCCCUCUUCUCAUGUAUCAGUUCUGUGUGAAUGUCCACGAUUGUUUUGCCAGUGUAUUCCUCUGUGGUAUUUCAAUCACUACUCUUGAGUAAAAGUAACUGUUGCUCUGUUUCUUCAUGCUCAAGACUAGUGGUUGAUUCAUUUUCCACAGGCAAACUUUUCUUUCUUAAUGACAUUGCACUUGUUUCCCAUGCCAACAGUCACAGCCGCCCACUGACUAGUUUUCAAUCUUGUCAGACACGCUUCAUUUUGCCAAAUUAGCAGCGUCUGAGGUGCACUGACUCAUAGGUGAAGAAAGAUUUCACACAGUCUUAAUCACAUACACUAGCCUCAGACUGCGUGUCCCCGCACCUCACCCCUCUCCUUGAUAAUGAGUCAGAUACUUAACGUCUGCUAGACUCACUCUGACCCAGUAAUUAUUACCUACUAUGACUGUGGUACAAUGUAAAAGCUGAAACUAAUGUAUUAUUGGCCAUUGAAUGAAACUGAAAAAAUAUGCAUGAAAGUCGCUAUAAAAACAGAUGCUGAUGUCUCAUAAUGUUAGAUAAUCAUUUGUUCAUUGUAGCCAUCCACAGGCCAUGUCACUCUGCUGGAAAGGAC